CGAGCACUGUAGCGGGGGAUUUCCGUGCCUCUUCCGUGGAUCAGUCGAACAGCCAGCCCGCACAGGUUACCGUUGGAACAACUUCAAAUCCCAAUAGCACAUCCGGACUCAAAUCCUAUUAUGUCGCUAAGCAGUGUAUACAAGCAGUGGAUCAUUCGGAGAAGGUCGUUUUCAUACUUCGUACGAUGAGAAUAGGGCACUUACUCUACUGGAUUUGGCCUGGGUUGAUUGUGAAUAAGGCAAGGAAGAAAUAUGGUUUUACUCCAAAAUAAUCUAGCCGUUGGACGUGUCAGGCUUAGCUCGGACCUGGUUAUAAACGAUCUCGACGCCAGUACGGAACAUUUAGGGCGUUCUUUCCUCAACAAAUGUUCUGUCACAAACGACACGAGCACUGAUUGUGCACAAUUCCGUAGAACGCCAAACGAGGACCGCUUCGCGAUAUUAGAAGACUGGAGACUCAAUGAUCAUGUCUGGCAAUUUCCUGCAGCCCCCGACGGCAAACUAUACGCCGCCUGUCUGAAACCCAGCAGCUCAAGGACGGAUUUUAUAGGACAUGGUGGCUCAACGACGGCAGAGUACCUCGCGAAACACUUCCCCUCAAAUCUUAGAAGAUCCAUGAAGCGCUCUUUCUCAUCCUCCCCAGAGUCAGGAAUACCUCCGCCUUCGUCAACCUCACAAUCAUCGGCUGUUCCACUCACGGCGAAGAACGUAUCAGCGUUUCUGAAACGUGAAGUUCGAUGGUUCGACGAAGAGUUGGGUCAUACUGUCAAGACGAUAUGUCCGCACCCCGAAAAUAUCAGCGACGACGAGGAAGCUUAUGCGCUCUAUGAAGCCCACAAGGAGGUCAUUGCUCGUGCUAGAUGCGGAUCCACGAUGGCCGGUAUUUUGAUAGAUAAAACGGAAAACAAGAUGUGGGUGUGCUGUGUUGGAGAUUCUUCUGUCGGUGCGUCCAAGUUCAUACGACCUCUUUUUUAUAUAAUAUUAUAUAUGUUUGGCAGUUCUAUCUACCAAAGCGUCUACCGGUUGCAAACGGAUGACAGUUCUUGUGAAUGAUCAACAUACAGGGCGAACACCACAGGAGUAUCAUCGUGUCUCCAUGGCGCAUCCGUCCCACGAAAGGGACAAUAUCUGGCUCGACGGAGAAGAUCGCAUAUUUGGGACUCUCAGCAUGACUUCGGGCCUUUGGGGAUUUUAUGUUCAAAUUUCCCACCUCCUUCACCACCGCGCUUUUUUCCAAAUUUCCGUCUUCUGCCAUGAGGUCCGUUAAAACUGUCCCCAG